CUGCGGGCAGGGCUGGCUGCGCGCGAGGGGUCCCGCGCGGAGAGCUUUGGCGCAGAGAGAAGUGGGAGGGGGGCGCUCGGCUCCCCCGCUCCCCCCCCCAGCAGGACCCUGAUGUGAGCCCCGCGCGCCCGUUGGACUCAGGCCCCCUCUGGGCUUUCUCCUGGUUUUACAGGACGCCCUGUCUUGGAGACUGUCGGUUCAAGGGCUCUUGCAAGGGCGCCGGAGCCGGGAAAAGCGCACCAUGGCUGGGACUCGGCUGCUGCUGGUCGCCGCUCUGCUCUGCAGCUGCACCCAGCUCCUGGCGGAGGCGAAUUCCUGGUGGUCCCCCCCCCCCCCCCCCCCCCAGAGACCUGAGAUGUACAUUAUAGGAGCCCAGCCUGUGUGCAGCCAGCUCCCUGGGCUCUCGCCAGGCCAGAGGAAACUCUGCCAGCUCUACCAGGAACACAUGGUGUACAUCGGAGAAGGAGCUAAAAAUGCCAUCAAGGAGUGCCAGUACCAGUUCCGGCAGCGGAGGUGGAACUGCAGCACAGUGGACAACACCUCUGUCUUUGGCAGGGUCAUGAAAAUAGGUAGUCGAGAGGCUGCAUUCACCUAUGCUGUUAGUGCCGCAGGCGUGGUGAACGCCAUCAGUCGUGCCUGCCGCGAAGGGGAGCUUUCCACCUGUGGCUGCAGCCGGACAGCCCGCCCCAAGGACUUGCCCCGCGACUGGCUGUGGGGUGGCUGCGGGGAUAAUGUGGAGUAUGGCUACCGUUUCGCCAAGGAGUUUGUGGAUGCCAGGGAGAGGGAGAAGAACUAUGCAAAAGGGUCAGAGGACCAAGCUCGCACGCUCAUGAACUUGCAGAACAAUGAGGCUGGUCGCAGGGCUGUAUACAAGCUGGCAGAUGUGGCUUGCAAGUGCCAUGGUGUCUCAGGUUCCUGCAGCCUUAAGACCUGCUGGUUGCAGCUGGCAGACUUCCGCAAGGUGGGUGACCUGCUGAAGGAGAAAUAUGAUAGUGCUGCCGCUAUGAGGAUCAGUCGCAAGGGCAAGCUGGAGCUGGUAAACAACCGUUUCAACUCACCUACGCAGGAGGACCUGGUCUACAUUGACCCCAGCCCUGACUAUUGCCUGCGCAAUGAGACCACUGGCUCACUGGGCACUCAGGGCCGGUUGUGUAACAAGACCUCAGAAGGCAUGGAUGGCUGUGAGCUGAUGUGCUGUGGCCGGGGGUAUGACCAAUUCAAGAGCAUCCAGGUGGAGCGCUGUCACUGCAAGUUCCACUGGUGUUGCUUUGUCAAGUGUAAAAAGUGCACAGAGAUCGUCGACCAGUACGUCUGUAAAUGAAAGAGCCACCAAAGCAACAAAUCUAUAUUAUAUAAAUCUAUAUAAAUAUAUUUUAUAUUUGUAUAAAUAAAUAGAUGAUAAUAAUUAAAGAUGCUUAUUUAAGAGACAUUUUGGUUUUGAAAUUUCCACAUCGGACUGGCCAGUUUGCCACUCCCUUAAUUUAGCUGCGGAGCAAAGGAGGAAUUUGCCCUUAGAUCCUUCUUCCCCAGAGUGAAGGGAGCCAAAGAGUUGCUCAGAAGGAACUCCCUCAUAGCCAUCUCACUCCAGAAGAAAAGGGUGGAUUCAUGGUCAGAGAGGUGAAGAAGGGUGGGUUUCCUUUGCUAUUUUAUGGUUUAAAACUGAAGUUUGUACGGUGUUGGACAUCUGGAGUCAUAACCAAACAUGGAGGUGUCUUAGUUUUUCAUGUUCCAACCCUUUCCUCCCUGCCCUGAAGCCCUUUGGACAAGCAAAACAAGAGGACUUGGACCCAUUUUCUGUUCUCUAUAAACGACAUGCUAGUAGUGCUUUGUUAAACAAGAUGGAAAAUCACCCAGGGCUCAUGCUGAAGAAGAGUAUGGAUUUAAAUACAAGGUACCAUAUAGAGUUCUUGGAAUGAGCCCAGAGCAGGGACUCCUGCACAGUGAUGGGGGGACCACCUGUUCCAAGUGAGGAGGAAGGUAUGAUCUUCAAUUGGGAAGUACUGCUGUAUCCUGAGAGUUUAAAAGAAAUUAGCAGCUAGCUCUUCUGUACCUCAAGGGCAAAGAGAAAAUCCUGCCAAAGCUCUGUCUAAGCUGGUUUGUCAAGGAGAUCCUUUUUCCCUCCACUGAAACCCACUUUAUCUUUGCGGCUGAGGAGUUGCUACCUGUCUCCGGGGUCUAUUGGACUCUUUGGGAAAGAAAUAUACUCCAUGAGAGUGUCAGUGGAGCAUGUGUGAGAGACAUACAUACACGCAUGCCCACAGGACUGGAUGAACACUACACCCCAGUCCUCACCAUUGUUGCCAUUUCUCUCCUUUGAAGUGGACACUCAAGGUCACGUUGCCCAGUUUUUUGCAAUCCUCUUCACUGUCCAAGAUGUACAGUUUCUUUUACCAUUAAAAAACCCUCACUGAGGUUUCUUUCCCUCUC